AUGACCCACUCUAUUUUGGGCGACCUAUGCAACCCACCCACGCUUACAACAACCACUGAAAAAUAUGUACAACUUGUCCACGAUGCAACGACCGAACUCCAUGAACCUGUUCAAUCGAACUUGUCAGCUUUAGAUGUUCGCGCCAAUGCAUUGACAAAGCUUGCCAACUUCGAGUCAGCUCUUCAUGAUGCCAACGCCAUGCAGCAACUCUCGCCUUCUUCAGCACUUGGCUAUAUACGUGCAGCCGACAUUUACAGCGAACAAGGGAAACAGCGUCAAGUCAUCGAUAUCUGCAACCAGGCACUUGAUGUUGUUGAUACAAAGGAUAUGGGCUAUGAUACACUACAACGAGCGAAAGACGUUGCCAUGCAACGCCAAAGCACACGCAUUGACUUUGUCAGCCAACUACCAGUCGACGUUGUUAUUACCACGCUCAUUCCCAUGUUCAUGGAUCACUUUCCACUGUAUAAACAGUGCGCUUAUCUAUAUGUGUCUCGUGAAUGGCGUGAUCGUAUUAUCCAAUGCUUUGGUGAAUUAAGUUUCGUUGUCAGUGAACGUGGCCACUCCCAAGUCAUCGAACUUUCUCGCUAUACCACAUCAUUGCAUAUUGGCAUAUAUAGCGAAGGAACAUGGCUCAGCGAUUUGAUUGAUAAUAACGACUUUUGCGCGUUACGAGAGAUACACAUUCAAGCCUUCUGGACCAUACACAUUGGCCGCUUUCUCUCAACAUUGAAAUCAAUCAGCGGCACCUUGACCCAUUUGAAUCUCAAUAUGGAAUCUGGACCCGAUUUAGGAUUAGCCGAGAUCGUAAUGGUUUGCCCUAAUUUGAAGUUACUCAACAUUCGUGAUCCGGCAGAUGCCGAUGCCACCUCUCUGCCUAUGACGACAUGGCCGACAUUAACAACACUAUCGCUUUUAUUUGCGCACAAGGAUAUCACCCGCGAUCAGGUAAUCGCCAUCUGGAAGCGGUUUCCAUCACUCAAGAAACUUCAACUUUCGCCAUGCACCGAUGUACAAUCAACCCUGCUUGUAUCAGAAUAUUGCCCCUGGAUCAAUCGCCUUGACGUUAGCGUAUACAGUUCGGGAAUUCAGCUCGUCUACUCGGAUGAAGAAAACAGCAGCGAACAGCAUGGCGUGACAAAGAUUACCAUGGCGAUAAAGCACCCAUCUGGAAAGACAUGCAAGGACACCAGCUCCAUUGUAAAGAAGUACCACAACACCCUUGAACACCUUGAAUGGGGUAUGGAUAGUAGCCUGGAUACCGAGAACAUUGAGCACCUUCAAUACCCUCGCCUUAAGAAGCUUGCUCUCUGUCGGUCUGGAUGGCAGAUACCACGCUAUGCACCCCUGCUGGAAGAAUUGAUGUUGACAUCGAGAAUCAUCACCACACACCCUGACGUCUUUGAUAUGAUCUCACCACACUUGAUCAAGCUUGAAUUGAAGCUCCAAGGUGCACCGCAACUUGUUGACAAGUCAUCCAUCGUACGAUUUCUCGGCCGUGUCGCUUUACAAUGUCAACUCAAAGAACUUGUGGUACGUUUCCACAGCGAGGACAAUGUCACUAGUGUCAUGGAUGCUAUCUAUCGCCUCGAUCAACUUGAAUGUCUAAAGAUCAGUUUUACACGCGUAUGGGAUCCUUAUCGAAUGGAGCGGUUCUUUGAUAGACUUGUCAAAGCAUGUCCUCUUUUAUCUCGCCUUGAGCUCAAAUGCGACAAUGCACCAUCGAUCUAUUCCAUGAAUACCCUGAAAGGACUUGCACAUUUAAACAUGUUUGCAUUUUGUGUCUAUGGCUCGGAUGGCUUUGACGGAUUUUGGGAUGCGAUUCGAACGUUUUCUCAGCUCAAGUGUAUUAGGAUCUACCCUGAUUAUGCAAUCCACCAAAGCAAAAUUACGUAUCUCAAGAAAGAAUGCCCGUACUUGAAGGUCAUCAUUGACAGAGACCAUCGCCACUUUUAA